GGCUGGCAAGAAAAAAAAGUGGUGAAAAGUUUUUGGGAGCUCCCCCCCGCCCCCGUGUGUUUUUGUUUGGGGGGUUCGACUCGUUCGGUUCGCGUUAAUGUGGUCUUCCCCCCGCUAAAAUGUGGUUAAAACGGGAGUGUGUUUUUUUGUUUGGAUCUACUGAGCGACGGGACGCUUAAAGCUUCGACUAAAAGGGGACGAAAAUCUCAGCGACCACCGUCGGUUCACCUCUGCGGGUCGGUCCGUCUCGUUAGCCACCUAGCUUGCUAAGGGCUGCUAGUUGACCCGAAGACAAAAAAAAAAAAAAAAAAAACAGCCGCGGACAUGGCGGAAACCAAAAUCAUCUAUCAUAUCGACGAGGAGGAGACUCCGUAUUUGGUAAAGAUCCCCAUCGGCGCCGAAAGUAUCACUCUGUUGGACUUUAAGCAAGUCUUGAACAAGCCCAACUACAAGUUCUUCUUCAAAUCCAUGGACCAGGACUUUGGGGUGGUGAAGGAAGAAAUUUCAGAUGACAGCGCAAAGUUGCCAUGCUUUAAUGGUCGCGUGGUCUCCUGGCUCGUGUCUUCGGACGCUCCGGCCACAGAAUCUGCAGCUCCGGCGGCAAUCCCCGCUGCGGAGACGUCUGUCCAGCCUUCGCCCCCUCCUCCGCCCCUGCCGCCCCCGCCCGCAGAGAGGACCGGGGGCAUCGGAGACUCCAGACCGCCCUCCUUCCACCCCAACGCGACGGGUAGUGUGGAGACUUUGGACGAGCAGACCGAAACGGAGUCCGUUGUUUCCUUCAGGAGAGAGAGACCUCGACACAGGGAUAGCGUGGAGCAACAUGGUAAGCCAUCGAAAUGGUCGUCGCGACAUACUCGAGGGAGACAAAACCCUGACGUCAGGUGUCUCUCAGGGCCUCGCGUCAACGGACAAAGUCGCUUGGAGCGGCACUUAGCAGGGUACGAGAGCUCCAGCACGAUGAUGAGCAGUGAGCUGGAAACAACCAGUUUCUGCGACUCUGAGGACGACGACACCAUGAGCAGGUUCAGCAGCGCAACAGAACAGAGUACGGCCUCCAGACUCUUGAAACGGCAUCGGCGACGCAGGAAACAGCGCCCCCCUCGCUUAGAGAGGGCUUCCUCUUUCAGCAGUGUGACGGAUUCCACCAUGUCGUUGAACAUCAUCACCGUGACCUUGAACAUGGAGAAGUACAACUUCCUGGGCAUUAGCAUUGUGGGCCAAAGCAAUGAAAGGGGCGAUGGCGGCAUCUACAUUGGUUCAAUCAUGAAGGGCGGGGCCGUGGCCGCCGAUGGACGCAUCGAACCCGGAGACAUGCUAUUGCAGGUCAACGACAUCAACUUUGAGAAUAUGAGCAACGACGACGCAGUGCGAGUGCUGAGGGAGAUCGUGCACAAGCCGGGGCCGAUUAUCCUUACCGUGGCCAAGUGCUGGGACCCGUCUCCGCAAGGUUACUUCACUCUGCCGCGAAAUGAACCUAUUCGACCAAUUGACCCAGCGGCAUGGGUCAGCCACUCAGUAGCUAUGACCGGCGCCUACCCGGCCUUCCCGGGAAGCUCCUCUCUAAGUACCAUCACUUCCUCCUCUUCCGUCACAGAGCCCGAGCGUUUCGACGACUUCAAUUUGUCACUCCACUCGGACAUGGCGUCCGUGGCCAAGGCCAUGGCGUCCCCAGAGUCGGGGCUGGAAGUUCGAGAUCGCAUGUGGCUGAAAAUCACCAUCCCCAACGCUUUCCUCGGCUCUGAUGUAGUGGAGUGGCUAUUCCACCACAUCGAGGGAUUCCAGGACCGCCGCGAAGCCAGGAAGUAUGCCAGCAAUCUGCUGAAGGCCGGCUUCAUCCGUCACACGGUCAACAAGAUCACCUUCUCGGAACAAUGCUAUUAUGUCUUCGGGGACUUGAGUGACUGUGAGAAUUAUAUGGCCAACCUGUCUCUGAACGACAACGACGGAUCCAGCGGGGCCUCAGAUCAGGACACCUUGGCACCACUGCCUCUCCCCGGGGCGUCACCCUGGCCUAUGAUGCACACGUUCCCCUACCAGCCCUACGCCGCCCAUCCUUACUCUAGCCAGCCUCCUCCAUACCACGAGCUCACCAGCUACAGCUACACACCGGGAAGCACGGGCAGCCAGCACAGCGAAGGGAGCCGAAGCAGCGGGUCGACGCGAAGCGAAGGGGAACGACGCCGAGGCAGCAAAGGGCCCGGCAGCACGGUGGGCGGCGGGGAGAAAUCUCCCUGCGGGGGCGAUGCUGGCGGAGGUGACUCGCGCUCCGGCAGCGGCAGCGAAUCGGAAUAUUCUACCCGGAGCAGCUUAAGGCGCGGCCAUGGCUCUGCCGCUCCCAGCGAGCAUAGCCACGCUUCCUCCCAGCGCUCGCAUCAUCACCGCAUGCCGCAGCCCCCCCACAUGUCCCCAUACCCGCCAGGCAUACUUCCCUACAACCCCAUGAUGGUGAUGAUGGUACCUCAGCACCCGCACCCGGCUAUGGCUAGCGCUCACGCGCUUCCUCACGCACAGCAGCUAGCCACAGGACCCGUGCACCCCGCUCUGCCACCGCCCCUUUCGUCGGCUUCAGCCGGACCUCCCGGCGCGCCACCCACCCGCGACUUGGGUUCCGUGCCCCCCGAGCUGACUGCGUCCCGCCAGUCUUUCCACUUGGCCAUGGGGAACCCCAGCGAGUUCUUUGUGGACGUCAUGUAGUCGUGGCGUCCGCGACGCGAGAUCGGCGUGUGGCUCCCGCUUGUUUCGGUGCUAGUUGAUUACGCUUUUCGAAAUUUGGUGAGAACAGGGUUAUGUAUCGACAAAAUCAGACAUUCAACGAGCGUGGGAGUAAAAAUGUCGCGUAGUCUCAAAAGUAUCAAUCAAGUUUCAGAUGCGAGAGGCGUCAUUUUCGUGCGCUUUCUUUGGACUUUGCUAAUUCUUUGGUCACAUUGUGAUUGCUCUUAGGCAAUCCAGACCGAGCGCGAAACUGUCAAACGCUAAAGGUUACCGUUCGGACCAAGGAUUAGAUCCUGUCGCGUCUCCGUUUUGAGCGCAUCACGCACACCAGGUACUCUUUUACGGCAUUGUUUGACAAUGAACGUGUGCGUUUCUCGGUAGGAUUCAACACCUAACACCGAGCUGUAAUGUGAACGGUCCAAAAACGCGCGAGUCAACUGUUGCGUUUCGUUGUCACAUACCGAGUUGUGACGUGUACUGUACAGUGGCUGCUUUGUGGUACAGUUUGGUAAAAAAAACAAAACACCAUUCAAAAAGCGGUACUUUAAAAAACAAAAACAAAAAAAAAAACAUAGAAGUUUACUGUGAUUCACAAGCCUUUUUUUGUUUGUUUGUUAACUGACGAUUAUUCUUCUUUUUUUUUUUUUUUUUUUUUUUUUUUUUUUACUACGAGUGACCAUAUAGUUCAUGUAUAACCCAAAUAUCAAGGUGCGAAAUGAAGAGUCAUCCUUUCAAUGUUGAUUUCAUAUUGCUAACUUUUGUCAAAAGAAUAAAACGUGAUUUUGACCCUUUUUUUUGUUGAAGUGUUCAUAAAAGAAAAAAAAAAAAUCAAUAGAAAACAAAACCAAAUUGAAUUUCAAUUAGUUUAUUGUUAGCAGACGUCCAAUCCAUUUGAACUGGAUCAAAUGGAUCAGACAUCUAUCUCCGUCAACGGCAGCUAAACAGAAUCGUGAGCAUAGAAUAUCUGCUAUAUUGUAUUGAGACAACACAAAGGCGGCUUCAGUCAAGCAGUUGACCCAAUGAAUAA